AUGAAAGAAAAAGAUCAAAUAGAAUUUGAUGAAGAUAUUGAUAAAUAUGUAAAAGAAAGUGAAACUAGUAGAAUUAAAUUUUAUUUAAUUUCAAUAAUUACAUUUGCAAUUAUGAUUGGUAAUGAAAUUCAAUUCUAUUCAAACUCUUUAGAAUUUACAGUGAUUGGUUGUAGAAACAUUACAAGUAUAGAUUAUGAAUUUGAAAAUACAAUGAAUACACCAUUUUCAACAGUAAACACAUCUAAUUAUUCAUUAUCAAUGUGUAUCAAUAGUAGAGUACCACAAUGUUUAACCAAACUAUUUUCAACAACAAUGCCAAAUGAAUCAUUAUCAUUUUCAGUACCAUUAAAUACAAAUCCACCAAUUAAAAAUAAUUUAAAUAAUGAUAAUAAUAAUAAUUAUAUAAAUCCAUUCCCUUCUUCAUCAUCACCCUCUUCUUCAUUAUUAUCAUCAUCAUCAUCAUCAUCGGAUAAUGCAAGUAUUGAAGAUUAUUUAAAAAUAGAUUUAUCAUUUAUAUAUUUUAGUUUUUCAGAUUUUUUAAUUAUAUUAUUAGUAUUAUUUUUUUUUCAACAUAUGAUGUAUAUUCAAAGAGUAAGGGCACAUCAAUUAUUUUCAAUGAAAUUUGUAUUGAUGAAACCAAAGAAUAGGAAAUUAGGAUUAGGUAUAUUUUUAAUCUCUUUCUUUUUAAUGUUUUCAAUUUAUACAUUCUUUAAAUUUUUCACAAUUAGUGAAAUAACAUAUGAUGUUAGUUUAAUAACAUGUUUUGAAAAUGAUAUUUCAUUAUUAUUUGAAAAUAAAUUACAAACUUCAAUUUUACAAAUCCUAUUAAACAUUUCAAUAUUCUUUUACAUUUUCAAAGACUCAAUUCAAUCAAUUUUCCAAGAAUAUGGUAAUUAUUAUGACGAAUUCAAUUUAAUUAAUUUUACAGAAUCAAAUAAUUCAAAUCGGUCAAUUGAAAAAUUAAAAUCUUUGAAAUACAUUCAAUCAAUUCAAGUCCUUAAUGCAAUAGAUAAAUACGUAGACAGAAAAUACUCACCAUCAACACCAAUUUCAAAUUUCUUUAGAAAAAGUGUUUUCUUUUCUUUCAAAACUACAAUGCUUGAUUUCUUACCUGCCAUAAAAGAGUAUUAUGAAUUAAAUGAAAAUCAUUUUUCAUAUGUUAUUAAUUUAAAUAAUAAUAAUAAUAAUAAUAAUAAUAAUAAUAAUAAUAAUAAUAAUAAUAAUAAUAAUAAUAAUAAUAAUAAUAAUAACAAUAAUAAUAAUAAUAAUAAUAAUAAUAAUAAUAAUAAUAAUAAUAAUAAUAGUUAUGAUUCUAUAGAAAUAACAAAUGAAAAUUCAAGAUUAAUAAAUUAA